UGAAGUUCUAAGAAUUACUACAUAUAUAUAGGUAUUCCCUCCGAAAUUGUGCCUGGAAUGAGCAAAAUAUUAGAAUGGAAUGAAGGCUUAAAUUCAAAAAAGAUAUGGCUCAGGGUAAACCCGGAAAGCAGCCCCUAGGAAGGGGGCGUAUUUGGUAGUAGGUUAUAAAAAUGAAAGAGUAUUUUUAUGGCCUUCACUUUGCGUGUUUGUUUUAAGCUCUACCUACUGUGCAUGCAAAGAGAAUAUUGCGCAGCCCAAGUGCUUUUUCAAUAUACUUGUAGUUGUGGGUGUGCGCUGUUCUGUGUGCUUGUUUAUUGGCCGGGUCAAGACGCAGAACUAAAGUGAAUUUCAACUUUACCAUAAAUAAGCCAUCCACCCAUUCAGUUAGUAAUGCAAACUCGCUAUUAUCCCUUUGUUUAAACUUGCGAAUGAAUUUUGACUUUCAACUUUGUUUGCAUUGCGUUUACGCCCGAGAAACUUUUCACUUUACACACAUACGGGUAUCCACAGAUAUACUUGUACAUACACAAAUAAAUUAGCUUUUCCAUUAAUUAAUAACUGAUUAAUGGUUGUUAUAUGUUGACUUAGACACAACAUUUGCACUGCAUGCUGUAACAAGCAUACGAACUGUUUUUCUCCUCAGCUUUUCAUGCCUGUCAACAGAAAAAUCAAAUCUAAGUAUACAAGUAUUCUCCGAUAGGUUAAUAUCAAUCAAAAGUAUUUGUCAUACCGAUGGCAUGUGUGCAAUAUUUGUCCAGUGGAGAAGGUUGGAGCUGUGAUGAUAUAUGCACUGGCAUAACUUUGAACGGAAACAUUUGUUUGGCACAUUUAACAAAAUCGAUUCAUCAUGUCUGGUAAUUAAGACAUCAAAUUCGUUGUGCAAUCUGCUGCUAAAUGAUUUAAAAGUUGCGCCCAAACUUGUACGUCCUCCCGGACGCCGCAACAUUUGUACAAGUAGUAGCUGGAAGAGGAGCUGUAACCGUUGUAGAAACUUUUAAUUAUUAUACACUUGCGCGCAAUGCUGCAGAACAAGAAAGUUUGUCAAGUUCAAUUAUGUAUGUCGUGAGUGUUUUCUACACUAAUUUGCUGCUCAAAGUUUUUGUUUGCCUGCUCGAAAUUUAAAGGCUGACCAGUCCGUCCAUCGAGUAUAAUGAAUGCCCACGUUUAACGUUAAUUUGGCAUUAAUCACAAGCUGCCGGCAGCAGCAACAGCAGCAACAGCAGCAAAAGCAGGCAGGCAUUUUAUUUCAACAGACAAAUUUUCAGUUUCUACUUAUGUUUGAAAAUCGCUUGGAAAUCUGGCCCAUUUUCGACUGGGAAACUGCCGAAGAGCGCCGGGAUUUUGUGCUGCGUGUUUAUUUGCUGCUUGCUGCUUUUAUGGCAUUCGCCCUGCUGCAAUGGUUAGCUGUGCUCGGCUUCUUUACUGCCAAAGGCAAGGAACUGCUUUCUGCUCACGAGUCUGCAGUCGUCCUGGUGUUUGCCGUUACAAUGCUACUCUUUUUGAUAUUUUUGGUUAGCUCCCAAGUGCGUGGGAUGUCCUAUUUGAGCUGCUUCCUCAGCAUGCUCAUAGUAAGUGCCGAUUGGAUUCUAUUGCUCUAUCAUAAUUCUUAGUUCCCUAGAGUAGGUUGAGGGAUUGAUCGUUAGCAUGUCGUUCUUGUUGUUCUGCACAGAUAUAUUGCACAUGCUGUGUGGUUUUCUGUGUGCAGCCCUGCUGUUUUUACUGAUAACGCUGAUUGCCAUCUUUAUACCGGUAAGUUAGU